GCACUCAGCGCGGCGUCUGCUGGUUGCUCUGGAGUUGGGUAGCGUGGUCGUGUGCCCGCCUACCUGCCGGUCUGCCCGCCUCUGGCCAUGGGGAGCACUGAGAGCAGCGAGGGUCUCAGGGUGUCCUUCGGAAUGGACGAGGAGGAGCGGGUCCGGGUGCUGCAGGGCAUCCGGCUGUCUGAGAACGUGGUCCAUCGCAUGAAGGAUUCCAGCCCACCUGCAGAAGGUCAGCAGCCAGCUUCUCAGCAAGAACCCAGACUUCCCAGGUCUGAGACCAAUGAUGGCCAGCAGCUCUUAGGAGUGAAGGAGGACCUCAAGAGGUUCAGACAGGAGCAGGCUACCAUCCAGGAUGAGCUGUUCCAGGUGGUGAAGCGGGAAAGAGAGGCAGCUGCCAAGCACUUGCCAUUGGCCCCGCCUGUGGUGGAGAGUGGUACUGAUCAGGAGGAGCAGCAGUCAGCCCGGCUGGCCAGGGAGCUGGGAAGCAAAGAGGCAGAACUCAGACGCUGUGAUACCUUCUUCCAGGAGCAGCUGGGGCACAUCGAGAGGAAGAAAGCCGAGAUGUAUAAACUGUCCUCACAGCAAUUCCACGAGGCAGCUUCGAAAGCAGAGAACACAAUCAAGCCCCGCAGGGUGGAGCCCGUGUGCUCAGGGCUGCAGGCCCAGAUCCUUCGCUGCUACCGUGACCACGCACACGAGGUGCUGCUGUGCUCCAACCUGGUCAAGGCCUACCAGUGUUGCGUGUGUGCGAGCGCUGCCCACAAGGGCUGAGGAGCAGCUACCACAUCUGGUAGCAGGGACCAGCUUUCAGCUGUGACCAAAAGACCAGCCACGGGACCACAGACACAGACUUCAGGCCACGCCACUGUGCUCUGCCCUUCCUGAGGGCAUUGCAUAUCCUCUGAGCACAGCCACCAUGUAUUUAGGAAACAGCAUGUGCUGCUAUCUGAAAACAAAUAAAGCAGAUGCCUUUGUUUUCAGUCAAAAAAAAAAAAAGAAAAAAAAAGAAUAA